CUCUCUCUCUCGCUUUCUCCCUUAAAAGUGUAAGCAUCAAAGCUAUAUAAAUACGCAUGAAUUCCAUGACACAACCUAAUCUGAACGAUUUCGUUUCCGGAACCGCAAAAGAUGCCAACGCGAGAGCAAGCGCUUUAUUGCAGCGCGCUCGUUUUCUACAGUCUAUGGGAGCUACAGAAGAAAAUAAUUAUGAGCUUGCACAAAUAAGCUACCAGUUAAAACUUAUGCAAAAUGUUCGACGUCCGAAUAAUCCAGUUUUUCAACCAGCACCAAUACCAGUGCCUUCCCCAACUUCUACUAUCAAAAAACAACCUGUUGAAGGUGUACAGCAUAGUGUGUUUACACCCGCUCAACUAGCUGCUUUAAAAUACCAAAUCAUGGCAUUCAAAUUAUUGUCCAAAGAUUCACCUUUACCCACGCAUAUCCAACAAGCUAGAAAACCAUCUAAACAAAGCAUAUCCUCCCCUUUAAGAUCAUCUAUUCCAACUGCACGCACCAACUACAAUGCCUAUGUAUCUCCUUACAAUUUGAUUCCCAAACCUAUUUCAUCUUAUGCACAUGCCUCAAGACAACAAAGACUAUUAAUACCAAGCUUGUUACCUUCUGGUCUUGAUGCGAACCAUAUUAUUUCUGAACGAGAAAAUCGACUGAAAUCACAUAUUCAACACCAUCUUCAACACCACUCUCCCACAGACAAUAUCAAGGACAAAAUUCGCAUAAAAUCGCUCUUAUUACUUCAAAAACAACAACAGUUGCGCCAAGAACUUGUUUUGGGUGUCUCCAAAUCCACUGUCUUGGCCACAUCCGUAGACAGAACAGCUUAUCGACGCAUGAAGAAGUUCUCGCUAAGAGAAGCAAGGCAUAUUGAAGCAGCUGAAAGACAACAGAGACAAAACAGAUACCAAUCCUUACGUGCAGCAGAACAAAGUCGUCUUUCUGCUAUCUGUGAACAUGGUGCCAACUUGGUUGCAUAUAACAAGAUCAAGGAGAGUAAGAUGACUAAAUUAGGUCGUGCUGUGGUUCAGUAUCAUCACCAUAUUGAAAAAGAAGAGCAAAAGCGUACAGAGCGCAUUGCUAAAGAACGUAUUCAAGCUUUAAAGAAUGACGAUGAAGAAGCUUAUCUGAAAUUGAUUGAUGAGGCCAAAGAUACUCGUCUUACACAUCUCUUGAAACAAACUGGACAAUUUUUGGAGUCCUUGACCAAAUCUGUGAAAGACCAACAGAAUGAAAGUAAAAGUAUGGCAUCUUUUGGUGGUACAUCUGUAAUUCAAGAUGAAGACGAGGCAGAGGCUUCUGCAAGUGCAGAUUAUUAUCAAAUUACACACAAAGUUCGGGAAGAGGUAUGUCAACCUUCCAUUAUGGUUGGCGGUAAAUUGAAAGACUAUCAAAUUAAAGGAUUGCAAUGGAUGGUGUCUCUUUACAACAACAAUCUCAAUGGUAUUCUUGCUGAUGAAAUGGGUUUGGGUAAAACCAUUCAAACCAUUAGUUUGAUUACUUAUUUGAUUGAAAUGAAAAGACAAAAUGGACCUUUUCUUAUCAUUGUUCCCCUGUCCACAUUAACCAACUGGACGCUUGAAUUUGAUAAAUGGGCUCCUUCUAUCAGAAAAAUUGUCUAUAAAGGUCCUCCUCAUGUCAGACGCGAUCUAGCAAGUGUUGUAAAAGGUGGUGGUUAUCAUGUCCUAUUGACCACAUUUGAGUAUAUUAUUCGAGACAAGAAUGUACUCAGUCGAGUCAAAUGGCUCUACUUGAUUAUGGAUGAAGGCCAUCGUAUGAAGAAUGCUAAUUCUAAACUGACCGUGUCCUUAAGACAACAUUAUUAUACUCGCUAUCGUCUUAUUUUAACUGGUACUCCACUUCAGAACAAUCUGCCUGAAUUAUGGGCUUUGCUCAAUUUUAUUCUUCCCAAGAUAUUCAAGAGUGUCAAAAGCUUUGAAGAGUGGUUCAAUACACCUUUUUCAAACCAAGGUGUUCAAGACAAAGUAGACUUGAAUGAAGAAGAACAACUGUUGAUUAUCAAGCGUCUUCAUAAAGUAUUGCGUCCUUUCUUGCUCAGAAGACUCAAGUCUGAUGUGGAAGCUGAAUUGCCCGAUAAGGUGGAGCGUAUCAUCAAAUGCAAACUAUCUUCUUUGCAACUCAAGAUUUACCAUCAAUUGAAAAGAAAUUGUGAUAUCUAUACAAACAAUGGUCAGAAUGCCCUAAUUCCUGUCCGAGGACUCAAUAAUACACUGAUGCAGCUUCGUAAAGUAUGCAACCAUCCAUUCGCUUUUGAAGGUGUUGAAAACACAUUGAACCCAAGUGGUAAAUCCAACGAGCUGCUUUACCGUUGCUCUGGUAAAUUCGAACUCUUGGACCGCAUGCUAGCCAAACUCAAACGAACAGGGCACCGUGUCUUGAUCUUUUUCCAAAUGACACGUAUCAUGAGCAUCAUGGAAGACUAUCUCAACUGGCGUAACUAUCGUUAUUUGCGUCUUGACGGUUCCACUAAAUCUGAAGAACGAUCUGCCUUACUUCAUCAAUUCAAUCAACCUAACUCUCCUUAUUUUGUCUUCUUACUCAGUACAAGAGCAGGUGGCCUUGGCCUUAAUCUGCAGACAGCUGAUACAGUCAUUAUUUUUGACUCGGAUUGGAACCCUCAUCAAGAUCUUCAGGCACAAGACCGUGCUCACCGUAUUGGUCAAACAAAAGAAGUCCGUAUUUUUCGUUUGAUUACGAGUAAUUCAAUUGAAGAAAACAUUCUAGCAAGAGCACAAUAUAAGCUGGAUAUUGAUGGCAAGGUCAUUCAGGCUGGUAAAUUUGAUAAUCGAAGUACAGAGGAAGACCGUGAAGCCUUCUUGAGAAAUUUAUUGGAAGACAAAAUUGAUGGAGGCAAUGAUGAUGAACUGGACGAAGAAGCAGACGAUGAAGAAUUGAAUGAAAUGUUGAAACGGUCUGAUGAAGAUAUGGUCAUUUUCAAGAAGAUUGAUCUUGAGAGAGAGAGAGCUGAGACAGACAUGUAUGCACGUCGAGGUUACAAAAAGCGAUUAGAGAGAUUGAUUCAAGAGGAUGAAUUACCUGAUAUCUUAACACAAGAUCAGACUAUGGCUGUAAAUGAAGACUCUAUUCUUGAAUUUGGAAGAGGACGUAGAGCAAAAGAAGAAGUACGUUAUGAUGAUGGGUUGACAGAAGAAGAAUGGCUCGAAGCUCUUGAAAGAGAAGAGGAAGAGGAAGCAACAAAGAGUCGAUCAAAAAGACGACAGAACCAAGCAUCAGAGCAAGGGGAACAAGGCAGAAAACGAGGGGGCGAUAAAAAGACAAGCGAAACGGGCAGAAAGCGAAACAAAGUAGAACAAGUCGAUCGUGUUCCACCAUUGAUUAGACAACAGUUAACUCGAGUAUUUGAAGCAUGUUACAAAGCUGUUGAAGAAGCCGUUGAGGAAGAUGAAGAGUCUUAUCGUCCAAGAUGUGAAUUGUUCAUGGAUUUAGUCAGUAAGAAGGAAUACCCUCUUUACUACACUUUAAUCAAGAAUCCCAUUUCAAUGAACAUGAUCAAAGAGCGUAUUCAUUCAAGCUAUUAUGAGACAGUAGCCGAAUUUGAAAGUGAUUUCCAUUUGAUGUUUGAAAAUGCUCGUACUUUUAAUGAAGAAGGAUCUGUUGUAUAUGAGGAUGCGAAUGAAAUGCAAAAAAUAUUUGAUCAAGAACUUGAACGACAAUGUCCUGGGGGUGCAUUGCCCAACCUGUAUCAUCAAAGAGCCAUGAAUGAAAAUAUUUUUACAAACUAUGCGCCACAGGAGACAUCACUGCCCAGUCGAUAUAAGAACAAGCCUGCAUCUAAUCGUAAAAAGCGAUCAAGAACAAGAAAUAUUAUGGAUGAUGAAGAGGACGACCCUUAUGAAGAAGACGAUGAUGAUGAGGAAUAUUAUGAAUAGAUGACAAUACUGUAUCAUCUUGUUUAUACCAAUAAAGAGAAACGUAGCAUAACUCUACAAUGAACAAAUUA